UCCAUGCAGUUCACCUCAUUGUACUGACUGCGCUCAUCAAUUAGGCAAGAUUUAAGCCGUUUCACAUGCAGUAAUUGUCUUUUAGCACCCCGAAGAGGAUUGUAAACCGCGGACAGAGGCGCAGAUAAGUUUUGAGUGCGGGAAAGCGGAGAGGAACGAAACACAGCUAUGCCCUCAGUGAUGGAACGCUCGGGGGCCGGGGUCCUGUCCAGGAGCAGAGCCAAGACCGUAACCAACGGCAACAGCCAACCACACUCUGAAGAGGAGAGCAGCGAUGAAGAGCAUGCGCACGACAGUAUGAUCAGAGUGGGAGGAGACUACCAGGCCCAGAUCCCGGAGUUCAAACCAGACAGUCCAACCCGCUACAAUGAGAAGGACCAGAGGAGCAUGUUGGUCUGGUGUCCCAACAGUCUGCUUUCAGAUGCAAUGUUGGACGAGUACAUCCUGAUGGCGAAGGAGAAACAUGGAUACAACAUGGAGCAGGCUCUGGGCAUGUUGUUAUGGCACAAACACGACGUGGAGCGCUCGCUGGCUGACCUGGCCAACUUCACCCCCUUCCCGGACGAGUGGACUGUGGAGGACAAAGUGCUGUUUGAGCAGGCCUUUAGCUUCCACGGCAAGAGCUUUCACCGCAUCCAGCAGAUGCUUCCAGACAAGCUGAUCUCCAGCCUGGUGAAGUACUACUACAGCUGGAAGAAGACCCGGACCAGGACCUCUGUGAUGGACCGGCAGGCCAGGAGGCUGGUCAACAAGAGAGAGAAAGACGACAGUAAUGACGAUAUGGAGGAGGGUGACCCCGGCAGUGACAGUGACUUUGAGAUUGACGCCAAGAAAGAGGCAGUGAAACAGAACCCCAGCAGCACCGGCUCUGACAAGGCCACCCCCAGCCGCUCUGGGCCGGUGAAGAAGGAAAACAUCGGGGCUCAGUACCGCCACCACCCGCUCAGAGCUCGGCGUAGGCCUCCCAAAGGCAUGCACCUAGAGCAGGGAGACAUCACCUCCCUGUCAGCCUCCCACGAUGCCGGGGUGCUGACUGUACGGCAGCUGGACACGCAGUUGGUGUCACUGAAGAGACAGGUUCAGUCGAUUAAACAGAGCAACAGUGUUUUGAAACAGAGCAUAAGUGAAGGUGUCAACAGUUUGAGACCUGCUGAGCCUGCCCCGAAGAUGAACUCUCGUUGGACCACAGAGGAGCAGCUCCUGGCUGUGCAGGCGAUCCGUCGCUAUGGUAAAGACUUCACAGCCAUCGCUGAGGUGAUCGGGACCAAGACGCCAGCUCAGGUGAGCUCGUUCUUCGUGAGCUACCGGCGCAGGUUCAACCUGGACGAGGUGCUGAGGGAGUGGGCGGCUGAGCAGGUGGCCACCAGCCGAGACCAGAGGGACCCCAGGAGGAGCGGCGAGGAGAUGGCGGCAGCUGCAGAUGGAGCCGCAGAGGAGGACGAGGUCAAAAUGGAAGACUCUCCCUCUGACACGGCCAGCGGCUCGCCUCCCCCCUCCUCCACCCAGACCCCCUCCUCCCUCUCACAGCCUCCUCCACUACUGCGCCCUGCACCACCCUCGGCUCCCCCCAGCCUCCUGCGUCAGCCGCCACCUCUGCAGACACGCCCGCUCCAGAACCGAGCGCCCCACAACCACCCUCCGCCUCCGCUCAUCCGGCCCGCCGUGACCACCUCGUCCUCCUCCACCGGGAGCUCCAGCCUCAGGGCAUCACCUCCCAGCUCCUCCUCUGCCACAGGGCAGAUGCCUCCGUCUCUGGUCGGGCUCAAAGUGGAGCAGCCCAACUCGCACUGAUACACACACAUAAAACAGGAAUAGAAACACACACGCACACACACACACACACGCACACACACAGGUAAUAGGAAUACAAACGCGCACAAUUAGCAUGCAGACUUCACCCUGUAGCUCCAUCGUUCCUGGCCUUUGUUUUUGGGAUCAUCACACAUCACAUGACCAUGAACACACUCAGGUCCCGUAGGCAACAUCACAGCUCUUAUAAUGUGGAAGGAAGAGUGUGAGGACCCCCCACAGGUCCACUUUGUGAGGCAGUGGCCUGAAGCCCCUUUACUGUACUAACAAACGCCUACCUCCAGACCAGCGUUCUCUAGCGUAAUCACACGCGCUUGCGCUCACUCACACACACACUCACACUACAAAUAAGCGAGGAGCUGGAAACAAACACUACCUGUACACUCGUCCCUAAAGAAAACAAAAAGAGACACUGGAUCAUCAAGCUGGUGAAGAAAGAGCAAAACCCACCUUCUUGUUUCCAUGGCAACUGCUGAACAUCUGGAUUGUGGAGGAGUGUGUUUGAACACACAAACAUACACACACACACACACACACACCCUAUAUAUAUAUAUAUGUACUAUAUCUAUACUGUAGGUUCCACUGGGCAGGUAUCAAGUCAUCCAAACAACCUUCAGGAAAGUGAAAUGAUGAGAAAAGGGGAGAAAGAGGAAGAGUUCCCCACAUCUGAGCCAAACCUGAGAGGUCAUGUAGGUUAGAAACUCAUUCAGCUGGCUGGAAAUGAUGUGGCGAAACAUGCCUUUUCCUGUUGAGCUCUGCUUUAAAACUUGGACCCUCACGUAGGAGGAAUAAAAAGGUACCUUUGCAAAGAAACCGGGCUUUGAAAUGGAAGCUGUGCUAUGAGUUUAUCGUUCUGGCUUUUAAUAAUUGAAGCUGUCGGUUCAAAAAUGGAAAAAGAAAGAAGAGCAAGAGAUGCUACCUCUCCCUCUUCUCUCCUAGCCACGUAUUGCUAGUGUUAACUGGAGUGAUGUUUUCCUCUUUGAUUUUUUUUUUUUUUUUUGGACUAGACUUUUAAAGUGAGCUGUAGGCAGUUAGUUAUUGUAUGUAGUUUAGGUAGAGCAUACUUUAUUAUUAUGGUGAUUAUUAUUGACUGAGCACUAAGGAGAAAAAGAGCCUUUUACCAUGUGACUGGACUUUGUCUCACAUUUUCAAGAGGAAGUUAGCCUCGGUUUGUUUUCCAUUAAUCUCUACAAACAGAUAUCUGCAUAUGAACACAGACUCUGCGGGUAAGGGGCAAGAUUUGGGUAUCUGAAGUGUUCCGGAUUCAGUUUGUCGUCUGAGUGGUAUUGACCAAUCACGUGUGAGGGGCUUUGGUUGUAUGUAGGUAAACAUUCCGUGUGGAGAGCAAAAGUCUGAGAAUCCAUCAACUGUCUGAGGACGAUUGAGCUUUCUGUAUUAACCCGCCUUCAUAUGCAGAUCUCUGUUGAUACAGAUUAACCGAAAUAUCAUCUAGACCUAAAACAGCUUGCUAAUCGGACCGUAAACAAAGACCGGCACAUGGAAGAGGAAGUCUCGGCCAGGAUAUCCUUUAUUGGGAUAUCAGCUGGCUAGAGCGGAAGCUCUGAAGCAUUGGUCAUCGUCCCCAGAGACGAAAUCGUCGUCAGAGGAUAGCUGAUGGGUUCUGAGACUGGUUUUUCAUUGGCUCACAGAAUCCCCACAUCGCCAGUUAUCUGACAGUUGACUUCCUACAGUUGUUGGCUUCCUUCACGUUUUACAGCAAAAGUAGCAAAACAAAUGGUGUUAAAAGAAUAAUUCAGCGUUUUUGGGGAAUAGUAUUCAAGUUCUUGCUGAGAAAGAACAGCAGUAUGGUAAAUCUGAAGCAGCACUAAGACUGAGAUGGACUUUUUUUAUUCCCAAAAUGUUGAACUAUUCAUUUAACGUUUAUAUACGACAGCCAGACUAGCACAGGUUGGUUGAGAUGAUUCAGGUCAGGAUUUAGUUUUACAAAAGAGAAGUUAUAAAGAUGUGAUGACAACUGUCCGAAGCCCCGAGUCCAGUAAAAGCAGCUUUCUCUCUGGACAGGACUGGUAGAGUCCUGUCCAGGCCUGGG